UGACCGGCGGAAGAACGUGGUGCACAGCGAGCCGGAUUAAAAAAUCUAAGUACAUGGUGCGAAGAGAAUUCCCAUGUGUUCGCUUUCCAGUUGGGUCGGCUCAGUCUAGCUGAACGCUCGGUUCUAGUAGGUUGCGAUAGCUCGCGAAUUCGCGCAAAACCAGUUCUAGUUUUUUUCGUUUUAGUGGAGUGCACCAGUUUGCGAAAUUUUGGCACGACCCUCGCAGGACGAUGCCGAACCAGCAGCAGAAACCCACGUAAACAUGCCCCAAUAACCCGACCUUCGUGACAUAACACCAUGACCAAAUACAAAAUGAACAACGACAGCGUUUCGACCACCGGUAGCCAGAUCACGCUGACGUCAUACAUGGUGGGCGAAAACGUGGAGACGGACGAGGACGGCUCGACCAGGAGCAACCACGAGCACGCGAAAAAGGGGAUGAACACCAUUUUGGACCUGCCCCAGGAGAAGUACACGCAGAGGCGGUUCAGCGCGAGCGUGACCAGGGGGUUCGGGCAGUGGAUCAAGGACAGGGCUCGGAGGGGCUGCACGAGGAAGUUGUUGUUUAAAAGAGUUCCUAUUGUGACUUGGUUGCCGAAGUACAAUGGCAGUGCUGCGGUGGCGGAUUUUGUGGCGGGGUUGACGGUGGGGCUGACGGUGAUUCCACAAGGGAUCGCCUACUCGAAUGUGGCGGGGCUGCCGCCGCAAAUAGGUUUAUACUCCUCCUUCAUGGCCUGCUUCGUCUACACCAUUUUCGGCAGCUGCAAGGAAGCCCCCAUCGGCCCCACCGCCAUCGCCGGUCUCCUAACCCGCGAAAACAACCACGGCUUCGGCGUCAGCGGCGCCGUCUUACUCUGCUUCCUCAGCGGCUGCGUCGAGUUCCUCAUGGGUCUCCUCCAACUAGGCUUCCUGAUCGACUUCAUAUCAGGACCGGUCUCGAUCGGGUUUACGUCAGCGGCGGCCAUCAUCAUCGCCACUACCCAAGUCAAAGACGUGCUCGGUUUGAGCUACCCCGGGGGCAAAUUCCUGCAAGUUUGGGAGCAGAUCUUCGAGCACAUCACCGAGACCAGGCUCUGGGACUGCAUCCUGGGGCUGUCGUGCAUGGUGGUCCUGCUGAUCCUGCGGAGCAUCAAGGAUGUGAAGAUCGGGCCCCAAGACAUCAAGGAGCGAAAAAGGAUCCAUAAAGUCCUGACGAAGAUAAUUUGGUUGGUGUCGACCGCCAGGAACAUCCUCGUGGUGGUUUUUUCAGCCGUUUUGGCCUACUUUUUCGAGCUUCAUGGGUCCCAACCCUUCAUUUUGACGGGCUACAUCAAACCUGGACUUCCAGAGUUCAAACCUCCACCAUUCGAAGCCCACAUUGACAACACCACGUACAACUUCGUCGACAUGUCAUCCGCUUUGGGCUCGGGGAUCAUCGUCGUACCAUUGUUGUCAAUCUUGGAGAACAUCGCCCUGGCGAAAGUGUUCGCUGAUGGGAAGACGAUUGACGCCACCCAAGAGAUGUUAGCUUUGGGUGUGUGCAACAUAGCGUCUUCCUUCGUCCAGUCGAUGCCAGUGUCAGGAGCAUUGUCAAGAGGAGCCGUCAAUCACGCCAGCGGUGUCAAAACAACUUUCGGUGGAAUCUAUACUGGAAUCAUUGUAAUUCUCUCCUUACAUCUAUUCACUCCUUAUUUUUCUUACAUUCCUAAAGCUUCUUUAGCUGCCGUUAUUAUCGCUGCAGUAGUAUUUAUGGUAGAGUUUCAUGUUGUCAAACCCAUGUGGAGGACGAAAAAGUCCGACCUGAUCCCGGCCUGCACGACUUUUGUUUGUUGUUUGUUCUUGCGUCUGGAAAUCGGGAUCGUGGUAGGAGUGGGAAUCAACUUGAUCUUUCUUCUAUACGCUACAGCCAGACCUUCGGUCAAUGUAGAAAAGGUUUCGGCUUACUCAGGCUGCGACUACCUCCUCAUCACCCCCGACCGAAGCCUGACUUUCCCGUCAGUCGAGUACGUUAGGACUGUAGUCUCCAAAGCUGGAGUCAAACAAGGUUCCAGCUCCAUUCCUGUUGUCAUAGACGCUCGACAUAUACAGGGCGCGGAUUUCACAGCAGCUAAGGGUAUCAAGUCCCUCAUUGAAGAUUUCCACAAGCGCAAGCAACCGAUCCUCUUUUAUAACCUCAAGCCAAGUGUGAUCAACACGUUCCAAGGUGUUCAGCCAAAAGACUUCGUCUAUUGUGAGACGUAUUUCGAACUAAACGAGUUGUUGAAACAGUAUUCGGGCAAAGCCGAGACGAAUUCGUUGGAGACUAACGAUAGCCACUAGUGAGAUUGAAAGUGUUGUGAUAAGUUAGUUAAGUCAGAUAAUUUAAUUUAGAUAAGUAGGUUUUUCGAAAAUGACGAAUUUAUUGUUAGGUGAUUAAGUACCUCUGGAAGCUCCAUGUGUUAGGAUAGGUAGUAUACGAAAUGUGAUCGUUAGGUAGGAGUUUUAAUUACUGUUAGAACGCUGCUUUGAUGUAUUGUAUAUUGAUGUAAGCAAGUGAAGUAAUAAAUUUUACUUUUUUAAUAA